GAGCCCACUGGAAGCAGCAGCAGGAGCAAGAGGCUGCGGCUAGCCCUGCCCUCACUGGGCUUGCAUUAGCACAGCAUGCAUUGAUUUGCUGCCGUGUCUUAGACCCAUCCCAGCCAUCGGGGUGCGUGGUGCAUGGUGUGGGAGAUACACUGUCUCUAUAAUAAAUGAUAGAGGAUACAAUGACUUUGCUGUCUCUGCUGGGCCGGAUCAUGCGUUACUUCUUGCUAAGACCAGAGACCCUGUUCCUGCUGUGCAUCAGCCUGGCCCUCUGGAGUUACUUCUUCCACACAGAUGAGGUGAAAACCAUCGUCAAGUCCAGCAGGGAUGCUGUGAAGAUGGUGAAGGGCAAGGUGGCUGAGAUCAUGCAGAAUGACAGGUUCGGUGGGCUGGAUGUGCUGGAUGCGGAGUUCUCCAAGACCUGGGAGUUCAAGAGCCACAACGUGGCUGUCUACUCCAUCCAAGGGCGGAGGGACCACAUGGAGGACAGGUUUGAAGUGAUCACGGACCUUAUCAACAGGACCCAUCCCUCUAUCUUCGGAAUAUUUGAUGGGCACGGAGGAGAGUCAGCAGCAGAAUAUGUGAAGUCCCGCCUGCCUGAAGUCCUGAAACAACAUCUUCAAGACUAUGAGAAAGACAAAGAGAAUAGUGUGUUGUCUUACCAAACCAUCCUGGAACAGCAAAUUCUGUCAAUUGACCGAGAAAUGCUGGAAAAAUUGACUGUAUCCUAUGAUGAAGCAGGUACGACCUGUUUGAUUGCAUUGCUGUCAGAUAAAGAACUUACAGUGGCCAAUGUUGGUGAUUCACGGGGAGUCCUGUGUGAUAAGGAUGGAAAUGCUAUCCCUUUGUCACAUGAUCACAAACCCUAUCAACUGAAGGAGAGAAAGAGGAUUAAAAGAGCUGGUGGCUUCAUAAGCUUUAAUGGCUCCUGGCGUGUUCAGGGGAUUCUGGCCAUGUCCCGCUCGCUAGGAGAUUAUCCACUGAAAAAUCUGAAUGUUGUUAUCCCUGACCCAGAUAUUCUGACCUUUGAUCUGGACAAACUACAGCCAGAGUUCAUGAUCUUAGCAUCUGAUGGCCUGUGGGAUGCUUUCAGCAAUGAAGAGGCUGUUCGAUUCAUCAAGGAACGCCUGGAUGAACCACAUUUUGGUGCAAAGAGUAUAGUUCUGCAGUCAUUUUACAGAGGAUGUCCUGAUAACAUAACAGUUAUGGUGGUGAAGUUCAGGAAUAGCAGCAAAACAGAAGAACAGUGA